AUGACUACUGCUUCCAUCAGCGCAUCUGCAGAUUCGUAUAUGAAUGGUGCGGACAGAAGACAGGAAGGAAGUCGUCGCAUGGGAACAUACAUGCUGACUGGCUGGGUGCUGAUGAAUGACAUGUGUUCCAAUAAGGGCUGCAAUUUGCCUGUGUUUAGAAAUAAGGAGCGUACAAAGACAGUAUGUUGUAUGUGUGACGAUCCACAUUCUCCUAUCCUGCCUGUGAUCAGUCAACCGGCUGCAUCCCAACUCACCAACAAAGACUCGAUUUCAAUGGUCCAUCAAGCUCAAGACAAACAGACAUCUGAUUCGAUUACUCUUACUGAAGAAGAAGAAAUGGAGCUGUUGGCAGCCAUGGACGAAAGACACGAAGUGGAUCGUAGUACUGAGCAGGAUCGUGAGCAGUCGGAGCGUGCCAGUGACCUUAUUGGACAAAAGAUGCUCCAAGGAUGGACAUUGCUUCAAAAUGUGUGUCGUUCUUGUCCCGGUAUUCCACUUGUUCGCAAUCGUCAAAACCAAACUCUGUGCGUCAUUUGCGAACAAUCAGGAGAUGAGUUGGAUGACAUUGCUGAGCCGAUUCAUGUAAAGCCAGAAUCAGUUGCUAUGGAUCAAGACGACCCAAUAUGCGGACAAAAGCGAUCUUUUGAGAAAAUCCUCACUGUAUCUCCAACACCUCAUGUUCACUCUGACUCGGUCAACAAUCCGUUUCAAAAUACAGCAAAUGCACUCACUGACAAGGUUAUUCAGUUGUCGAUAAAACUAGAGACUACGACCAAUGUUCAAGCAAUUACGGCUAUUGCAGAUGCCAUCUCAAGCUGUAUGCGAGCAAUUGAGUUAUUGAGUCGUGAUUAG